UACUCACUCUCUCUCUCUCUCUCGCCCUCACUCACGCUCUCUCUCUUUCUUGCACGUGCUUCACCGGAGUUAUUCUGCACGCAGUAGUCGAGUGUGAGGAGCGUCGAUCUCUCUCUCACACACACUCAUCUCAGUCACAAUCUCUCUCUCUCUCUCUCUCAACUAAAAAGAAGAAGAGGAGCAGCAGCGUCGCUUUUCACCCUUUCCCGCAUCCAUGGCGCUGUGUAACGGCGAUACCAAGCUGGACAUCAGCGGCGAGCCUACAGACGGGUUGCAGGACUACGAUGGGGCCGUGGUGAUCCUGGACGCCGGGGCACAGUAUGGAAAAGUGAUCGACAGGCGAGUGCGAGAGCUGUUAGUGCAGUCGGAGAUCCUGCCGCUCGAGACGCCCGCCUUCGCCAUCAGAGAGCAGGGUUUCAGGGCCAUCAUUAUAUCCGGCGGUCCGAAUUCAGUCUACGCAGAAGAUGCUCCCUGGUUCGACCCCGCCAUAUUCACCAUCGGCAAACCCGUCCUGGGCAUCUGCUACGGCAUGCAGAUGAUGAAUAAGGUGUUCGGCGGCACGGUGCACAGGAAAAGUGUAAGAGAAGAUGGCGUGUUCAGCAUCGGUGUAGACAACUCCUGCUCCCUGUUCAGGGGUCUACAGAAGGAGGAGAUGGUGCUCUUGACUCACGGAGACAGUGUGGAUAAAGUGGCAGACGGCUUCAAAGUCGUCGCUCAGUCUGGCAACAUCAUCGCAGGUAUCGCUAACGAGCAGAAGAAGCUCUACGGGACGCAGUUUCACCCGGAAGUAGAUCUGACGGAGCGGGGCAUGGACAUGCUGCGGAACUUCCUGUUUGAGAUUGCCGACUGCCCUGGAAACUUCACCGUGCAGAACCGGCAGUUGGGCUGCAUAAGUGAGAUACGUGAGAAAGUGGACAAGUCCAAAGUGCUGGUACUGCUAAGCGGCGGUGUGGACUCCACGGUGUGUACAGCCCUGCUGAAUAAAGCUCUUAAUCAGGACCAAGUGAUCGCCGUCCACAUUGACAACGGCUUCAUGAGGAAGAGAGAGAGCCAGAGCGUGGAGGAGGCGCUCACCAAACUGGGCAUUAAACUCAAAGUCGUAAACGCAGCACACACGUUCUACAACGGCACGACGACGCUGCCCAUCUCGGAGGAGGAUCGCACACCCAGGAAACGCAUCAGCAAGACCCUCAACAUGACCACCAACCCCGAGGAGAAAAGAAAGAUCAUCGGAGACACCUUCGUCAAGGUGGCGAACGAGGUGAUCGGUGAGAUGAACCUGAAGCCCGAGGACGUGUACCUGGCGCAGGGCACGCUCAGACCAGACCUGAUCGAGAGCGCGUCUCACCUGGCCAGCGGCAAGGCCGACGUCAUCAAAACCCACCACAACGACACGGAGCUCAUCCGCAAACUACGAGACGAGGGGAAAGUAAUCGAGCCUCUGAAAGAUUUCCACAAAGACGAGGUGCGAGCGUUGGGCCGAGAGCUGGGGCUUCCAGAGGAGAUCGUCUCCAGACACCCGUUUCCCGGUCCGGGUUUGGCCAUCAGAGUCAUCUGCGCCGACGAACCUUACAUCUGCAAAGACUUUGCCGAAACCAACAACAUCCUAAAAAUCAUCACAGACUUCUCUGCCAGCGUUAAAAAGCCACACACACUGCUUCAGAGAGUGAAGUCGUGCAUAUCAGAUGAGGAAGAGGAGAAGCUGAUGCAGAUCACCAGCCUUCAUUCACUAAACGCCUUCCUGCUGCCCAUCAAAACCGUCGGCGUCCAGGGUGACGCACGGUCAUACAGCUACGUGUGUGGGGUGACCAGUAAAGAAGCACCGCACUGGGAAUCCCUCAUGUUCCUGGCCAGACUCAUCCCUCGUAUCUGUCACACCAUCAACAGAGUCGUGUAUGUGUUUGGGUCACACGUAAAGGAACCCCCGACAGACAUCACUCCCACGUUCCUGACCACAGGCGUACUGAGCACGCUCAGACAGGCCGACUUCGUGGCCCACUCCAUCCUCAGGGAGUCGGGUUACUCGAGUAAGAUCAGUCAGAUGCCCGUCAUCCUCGUGCCGCUGCAUUUUGACCGUGACCCGCUGCAAAAGCAGCCUUCAUGCAGACGCUCCGUCGUCAUCAGAACCUUCAUCACCAGCGACUUCAUGACCGGCAUCGCUGCCACACCUGAUAACCACAUCCCAGAGGAGGUGGUGCUGAAGAUGGUGAGCGAAAUCAAGAAGAUCCCGGGCAUCUCCAGAGUCAUGUACGACCUGACGUCCAAACCUCCGGGAACCACCGAGUGGGAGUAGAGACGAGCAAGAGCACUGAACUCUCUGGGCUCUCCUUCACCUCCUCCUUCACCUUUUUUUUUUUUUUUUUUUUUUGGACUUCUUCCUCCCUUUCCUACUCCUUCAUCUUUCCAUGGCUAUGUUUCCACACUCACCAACAAGCUCUCCGCCCUCAGAGAACAGAACACAACAUUCCCUAUGACAGCAGCCAGUACUGUGAUUAACACACACACACACACACACACACACACACACACACACACGAAGCCGCGACUUCACCACAGCCUCAUUUUCUGGGGCUUAUAAUGAAUAAUAUUAAUGUUCUUAUUAAGCUGGUUGUUUGUUCCUUAUUUCAGGAAGUAGUCGUCCGUGGUUGAUGUUUUCUGCACUUAAGGCUUCGAGGCUUGCAGAUGUAACUAGGGAUGCAUCCAAUAAAAUGCGUUAAGUACUUAGCGUUAAGUAAUCGGGCAUCGCGUUCCGUUUUAUUUACCCGUGUCGGCGGUCGUAGAUGCCGCGAGCUGCCACUAACGAACCGCUAACGAAUUUCACACGUGAGACGUUCUGCAGUUUAAAGCGUGUCUUUAACAGAGAACGCGGUCUUAAAGACAACGUUUAAACUUUAAUCCAGUGUUUGUUAGAUAUUUAAUACAUUCUAUAUUUAUCUGUAUUGUAGGAAGAUGCUGGUAUUCGUAUCGGUAUUGAUGCAUCCCUAGAAAUCUCUCACUCUCACUUUCACUCUUUUCCUCACUCACUCUCUCUCUCUCUCUCUCUCUCUCUCUCUCUGUCUCUCACACUUUCUCUCACUCUCUAUCACUCUUACUCACGCUCUCUCUCUCACUCUUUCUCUCACACACUCUCUCUCUCACUCUCUCUCUCUCUCACACUCUCUCUCUCUCUCUCUCUCUCUCUCACACACUCUCUCUCACUCUCACACUUUCUCUCUCACACUCUGUCUCUCUCACUCACACACUCACACUUUCUCUCUCACACUCACUCUUUCUCUCUAUCACUCUCUCUAUCACUCUAUCACACUUUCUCUCUCUCUUUCUCUCUCAUACUCUCUCACACACUCUCUCACACACACUCACUCUCUCUCCCUCUCUCUCUCUCUCUCUCUCUCUCACACACUCUCUCUCUCUCACACACAUACACACACACACACACACCACUAGUACAAGUUUCUCAUCUCUGCUACGUUCAGCUUUAUUCUCCUCCUACUCUUCUGCAUUAAUAACUAACGUGACCAAUUAUCUUUAUUUGCCAAAUGGAGCUGGUUCGAUGUUAAGGGCACUUCCAGAUUUGUGUUUAUUGUUUUGUUUCGUUUUGGAGAUCUGAGAAGCGUGCUGUGAAGAAGCUUUUUCCCGGUGCGGACGAGCUUCCUACACUUUUGUGCCUGGUUAUUUUUGUCCUUUCUUUGUUCGUUUUGUUUUUGUUUUUUUUUUAUUUUUUUUUUUCCUCCUCCCUUCAGGGAUGUGAACAGAACUAACACAUGCUGCAUAUUUUGUUUUUGCAUUUACCUGAGGAAGUAUAUUUUGUGUCUGCCGUGCGAGUGUGUGAGAAGGGGCGCAUCGUUUGCACAUUUAACCAUAAUCUCUCUCUUUCUGUCUGUCUUUUUUUUCUUUCUUUCUUUCUUUAACCCCCAUAAGGCCUUGGUGCUUUGCUUCCUGUGUAGCGUCUCCUGAGGCUGGAUGUAGGAAGCGAUAUCACACGGAUAUUGAAAGGGGCUUAAGCUGUGAUAACAUAACAUCCUGUUAUUCAUUUUUUCUUUUUUUUUUUUCUUUUUUUUAAGUCUAUAGAAAAUGGGCGGGGCUACAGGUUGUUAACUUUUCAUAGAGGUUUGUUUUGGCGCAAAAGCAGAAAUCUAUGCCUGAUGUAGAUAAGAUUUGAAGUGUCGUAACGGUGAAUAACAUGCCUAGCUAUUUAUUGUCUUUGUACGUCUCAUUACACGAUCCUCGUUUCAAUAGAAAGAAGAAAAAAAAAAACAAUGCAAGGUCGGACUGGUUCCUUAUCUUAUCUGCAAACUUUGUUCUUCUCCUCUCUCGUUCUCUGCAUCUCUCUUUCCGUCUCUCGCCUUUUUAUUCGUCUACUCAGAAGAAAAUAGGAUGAAUAUGAAUUUGGAUUCAGUAGUGGGUUCAGCUGCAAUCUGACAUGGUGUUCAGUUCCAUUUAUGCAAUUCUGUUUAAUUUUUUUUUUUUUUUUGUAUAAAAAUGAACAAAAAGCUC